ACACUGAAGAUAAAACCUGUUUGUCCCAGACUCCAUUUUAAACUCGAUGGAGCAGUCAGAGGAAUACAGGUCGUCUGAGUCAGGUCGUCUCAGAUUUGAGAAGAUGAGUGAUUUGGAGGAAGAGGGGGACAGAUCAGAGUUGCCUGUGUCCAGCUGUCUGUCUUUGAAGAGUAAAUUUGAUCCUCCAGACUUCAGUAAUGAACCUGGACCCUCAGACACAAAACAGAGAGCUGAGUCUCCAGUGUCCAGCUGUCUGUCUUUGAAGAGUGACCGGUCUUUGGACAGACCUACAACCUUCAGUAAUGAGCCUGGACCCUCAGACACAAGACAGAGAACAGAGUCUCCAGUGUCAAGUUGUCUGUCUUUGAAGAGUGACCGGUCUUUGGACAGACCUAUAAGCUUCAGUAAUGAACCUGGAUCCUCAGACACAAAAGAGAAGAAGAAGAGGAGUCAUGUUUCUGUGGAGGAGCAGCUGUCCUGCUGUGCUUUGUGUCAGGACGUCCUGAAGGAUCCAGUCUCUACCAGCUGUGGACACUGGUUCUGCAGACAGUGCAUCACCUCAUACUGGGACCAGUCUGCUUCAUCAGGAGACUCCGCCUCUCCUCAGUGUGGGAAAAGAUCCAGAACAAGAGCUGGACUGCAGACAGCCAGUCAGACCAUCACUGUACAAACAGGUAGUGGUCUGCAGGAGGUUUUAGAUGAACAUAAAAUCAGUCUGAGGAGGAGAUGUGAACAUGUGACUGAAGGAAGUGAUGAAACAGGAAGUGAAACCCUCCUCAACAGGAUCUACACUGAGCUCUACAUCACAGAGGGACAGAGUGAAGAGGUUGAUACCCAACAUGAGGUGAUGCAGCUUGAGAGAGCUUACAAGAAGAUCCUCCAUGACACUCCAAUCAAGUGUCACGAAAUCUUUAAAGAUUUACCUGACCAACAGAUACACAUCAGAGUUGUUCUGACGAAUGGCGUUGCUGGCAUUGGAAAAACCUUCUCAGUGCAGAAGUUCACUCUGGACUGGGCAGAGGGUUUGGAAAACCAAGAUGUCAGUCUGGUGAUUCUGCUUUCGUUCAGGGAGCUGAACUUGAUCAAAGAUGAGCAGUACAGUCUUCUCACUCUGCUCCAUGUUUUCCAUCCAACAUUACAGAAGGUCACAGCAGAGGAGCUCGCUGUCGGUAAAGUUCUGUUCAUCUUUGAUGGCCUGGAUGAAAGCAGACUGUCUCUGGAUUUCCACAACAAUGAGGUUGUGACUGAUGUCACACAGAAGUCAUCAGUCAGCGUGCUGCUGACAAACCUCAUCAAGGGGAAUCUGCUUCCCUCAGCUCUCGUCUGGAUAACUUCCCGACCUGCAGCAGCCAAUCAGAUCCCUCCUGCAUGUGUUGACAGGGUAACAGAAGUACGAGGCUUCACUGACGCCCAGAAGGAGGAGUACUUCAGGAGGAGAGUCAGUGAUGAGGAUCUGUCCAGCAGAAUGAUCUCCCACAUCAAGACAUCCAGGAGCCUCCACAUCAUGUGUCUAAUCCCAGUCUUCUGCUGGAUCACUGCAACAGUUCUGGAUCCCAGUCUUCUGCUGGAUCACUGCAACAGUUCUGGAUCACAUGUUGACUACAGAGCAGAGAGGAGAACUACCCAAGACCCUGACUGACCUGUACUCACACUUCCUGCUGGUUCAGAGUAAGAGGAAGAAGCAGAAGUAUGAUGAGGGACAUGAGACAAGUCCACAGGAGCUGACGGAGGCUGACAGAGAAGUCCUUCUGAAGCUGGGGAGGCUGGCAUUUGAACAUCUGG